CUGGUGUGUAGAGGGAGCAUCAACUGAGGCCCCUGCAGAGGCCUUCCCCGGAGGGCACAGCAGCAUGACCAGGUGAAGGCUGAACAUGCCUGGCUCCCCGUGGUGACCUGAGAGGAGAGUCAGAUUCACUGUGAAAGAGAAACGCCAGCCCCAAGCCAAACUGGAGAACUUGGAACAGGUCCUGAAGCAUAUGCGAGAGGCUGCUGAACGGCGGCAACAGCUGGAGUUGGAGCAUGAGCAAGCCCUGGCUAUCCUCAAUGCCAAGCAGCAGGAGAUCCAGCUUCUGCAGCAGGCUCAGGUUGAAGCUAAGAAGGAGCAUGAAGGUGCUGUGCAGCUGUUAGAGUCCAAGGUCCGAGAGCUGGAAGAGAAAUGUCGCGUGCAGAGUGAGCAGUUUAACCUUUUGUCCCGGGACCUGGAGAAGUUCCGGCAACACACUGGGAGCAUUGACUUGUUGGGCAGCAGCUCAGUGGCCUUGCUGGAUGUCCCCUUGGCCCCUGGCAAGCCUUUCCCACAGUACAUGAAUGGACUAACCACCUCCAUACGCAAAGGUCACGAGGGCCCCACUGGACACUAUUCUGUGAUUGGUGACUAUAUCCCGUUGUCUGGGAACAAACUGGAGCCUCCGUGUGUGAAGCCCUCCUUCCUGUUACGAUCCAGCAGCCCAAGAUGCAGAUUUGAGUCCGAGAUGGACAAUGACCGGAACUCUAACAACUCCAAGCAAAGCAGCUCGGGGAAGGUGCACCUGUGUGUUGCCCGAUACAGUUAUAACCCCUUUGAUGGGCCCAAUGAGAACCCGGAAGCUGAGCUGCCUCUCACGGCGGGAAAGUACCUCUACGUCUAUGGGGACAUGGAUGAGGAUGGGUUCUAUGAAGGGGAGCUGCUGGAUGGGCAGAGGGGCUUGGUGCCCUCCAAUUUUGUGGAUUUCAUCCAGGACAAUGAGUCACGGUUGGCUGGUACUCUGGGGAGUGAGCAGGACCAGAACUUUCUCAACCACUCUGGCAUCAGCCUAGAGCAUGACAGUAUCCUUCAUCUUCACUCCCCAACUCAAGUAGACUCUGGCAUCACCGAUAAUGAUGGGGGGACUCUGGACAUGAGCAUUGAUGACAUCGGAGAAGACAUUGUGCCUUACCCUAGGAAAAUCACCCUUAUCAAACAGCUUGCCAAAAGUGUCAUCGUGGGCUGGGAUCCCCCUGCUGUCCCACCUGGCUGGGGCACUGUGAGCAGUUAUAAUGUGCUGGUAGACAAGGAGACACGCAUGAGCCUAGCCCUGGGCAGGAGAACCAAGGCAUUAAUUGAGAAACUUAACACAGCCGCCUGCACCUACCGCAUCUCUGUGCAGUGUGUCACAAGCCGGGGCAACUCAGAUGAGCUACAGUGCACACUGCUGGUGGGCAAGGAUGUAGUAGUGGCACCAUCCCAGCUGCGUGUGGACAACAUCACACAGAUCUCUGCCCAGCUCUCAUGGCUGCCUACCAACAGUAACUACAGCCAUGUCAUCUUCCUCAAUGAGGAGGAACUGGACAUAGUAAAGGCAGCCAGGUACAAGUAUCAGUUCUUCAACCUCAGACCUAACAUGGCUUACAAGGUGAAGGUCUUGGCCCAGCCCCAUCAGAUGCCCUGGCAGCUGCCCCUGGAGCAGAGGGAGAAGAAGGAGGCCUGUGUGGAGUUCUCUACACUGCCUGCAGGGCCCCCGGCCCCACCACAAGAUGUCACCAUCCAAGCUGGAGCCACAGCCGCCACUGUUCAGGUCUCCUGGAAGCCCCCUGCACUGACACCCACUGGGCUGUCCAAUGGAGCAAAUGUCACAGGAUACGGCGUGUAUGCCAAAGGGCAGAGGGUGGCCGAGGUCAUCGCCCCCACAGCAGACAGCACGGCAGUAGAGCUGGUCCGGCUUCGCAGCCUGGAGGCCAAGGCUGUGAGUGUGCGCACCCUGUCUGCACAGGGCGAGUCCAUGGAUUCUGCCCUGGCUGCCAUCCCCCCUGACCUCCUGGUGCCCCCAGCCCCCCACCCGAGGACUGCUCCCCCACCAAAGCCAUUAGCAAGUGACCUGGAUACCAAAGACCAACACCUGGGUCCCCACGUCAAAGUAGAUGAGGCCUGGGAGCAGACCCAGCCACCAGGCCCUGCACAUGGCCAUAUGUUGGAACCACCUGACAUGCAUAGUGCUGGCCCGGGAAGAAGGUCACCCUCACCCAGCCGGAUCCUCCCUCAGCCACAAGGAGCCCCUGUGUCCACCACCGUCGCCAAGGCCAUGGCCCGUGAGGCUGCACAGAGGGUGGCUGAAAGCAGCAGGUUAGAGAAAAGGAGCCUCUUCCUAGAGCGAAGUGGUGCCGGGCAAUAUGCCAACUCAGACGAGGAGGAUGGCUACGCCUCCCCUGAGGUCAAGAGGAGAGGGACAUCUGUGGAUGACUUCCUGAAAGGGUCAGAGCUGGGCAAGCAGCCCCACUGUUGCCAUGGAGACGAUUACCACACCGAGAGCAGCCGGGGGUCAGACCUGUCGGACAUCAUGGAGGAGGAUGAGGAGGAGCUGUGCACAGAGAUGCAGCUGGAGGAUGGGGGCCGGCGCCGGCCCAGUGGCACCUCUCACAACGCUCUCAAGGAAUGCCAUAAGGCUAGGAGCUUGGAAGGCGCUUUCCUGGAGCAGCCCGAGUUCCCCCAACAGCCCCACCGCAGUAAGAGACUGUUCAGUAUCCCUGAGGUAGCUGAGGAGGACACGGAGCAUGGCGAGCCGCUGCUCAGGCAGGGCAUGGGGUCCUCGAGAGCCAGGGCCUUGCUGGCCAUGGAGCGUGGGCCAGCGAGGUCCUGUUGGGGACAUCCAGUCCUACAGGGAUCCUGGCUCCCUGCAGAGCACAGGGGCCUGGGCAUCCAUAUGGAGGAUCUCUUUCUGGAAGACAGAGGCUGUCGGUUCAGCCGCUCGGCCACCAGGAGCCCGGACAGUGGUUUGGACUGCGGCAGUGAGGAGGAAGAGUCUCGAUUUAGUUUCAGGAGCACCUCGGCCAAGUGCAGUCCAGGCCCUGGUCACUGUCCAUGUAGGAGAAGCCCGAGGCCCCUGCUGGCCCGGAGGCGGACGCUGACCCGACAGAGCAGCAUCGAAGAGGACUUUGGGGAGCAGGUGGAUCCCAGUGACGUCAUCAGGAGCGAUGACGCCCAGCUCAGCCCGGAGAGGCCCGUGCCCAGGAGGGAUGGCUGGGACGAGGCCAGCGACCGCGAAGAUUUUCGGGGUGUCUGGAGGAAAAGCCCAGCCAUGCCCGACAGUAGGGCAGCUGAGCGGCUGGCACAGCCUCCUCCCCGUGUGGCAGACGGCCCUUUGAUUUUAGGAAACCCUGCUUUGAUGGGGCGAGCAGACCGGAUGGAUCAUGUGAGCCGAAGGUAUUCUCACAGUGGCGGAGGUCCUCAGAGGCACCGGCCGACGAUGGCUCCAUCCAUUGAUGAAUACACCGGGAGAGACCGCCUUUCUCCAGACUUCUAUGAUGAAUCGGAAACUGACCCUGGUGCUGAGGAGCUCCCGGCCCGCAUCUUCGUGGCACUGUUUGACUAUGACCCACUCACUAUGUCCCCAAACCCUGAUGCUGCAGAAGAAGAGCUUCCCUUCAAAGAAGGACAGAUCAUCAAGGUAUAUGGAGACAAAGACGCAGAUGGUUUCUACCGAGGGGAGACCUGUGCCCGGCUCGGCCUCAUUCCUUGUAACAUGGUCUCCGAGAUCCAUGCAGAUGAUGAGGAGAUGAUGGAUCAGCUGCUGAGACAAGGCUUCCUGCCCCUGAAUACACCCGUGGAGAAAAUAGAGAGAAGUAGAAGAAGUGGCCGGGGCCACUCUGUGCCUACACGAAGAAUGGUGGCUCUCUACGACUAUGACCCGAGGGAAAGCUCCCCUAACGUGGAUGUUGAGGCUGAACUUCCGUUCUGCACAGGAGACAUUAUUACUGUUUUUGGUGAAAUUGAUGAAGAUGGAUUUUAUUACGGAGAGCUGAAUGGGCAGAAAGGCCUCGUGCCUUCCAACUUCCUGGAAGAAGUGCCUGAUGAUGUGGAGGUUCACCUUUCUGAUGCUCCGUCUCACUACUCCCAAGACCCACCCAUGCGCUCCAAGGCCAAAAGGGUUCCUCCCGAGGGUUCAGGGACAGCAAGGAGAGCUCCAUCCCCCACAGCCCAUCUCCAUUCGGGGUCACCUACGUCAUCUAUGGGUUCUGGUAGUCCUGGGAGAGGCAGGGAAAUGUCCUCGAAAAAGAAAAAAGGGCUGCUCUCCAGAGGCAAGAAACUGCUGAAAAGGCUGGGUGCGGUGAAGUGACCUGUGAGCCUCUGAGCCUCCGGACAAUUCCAAAUCCAUGUCACUUGCUUUAAUUCCAAACUAGGGCUUUCAUGACUCCCAAAACCCAACCUUGACCCACCCCCCCACCCACCCCCAAGCAGUAGAGAGAUGCACUCUUACACUACCAUACACAUAAUACCAUUGGAGAGAUCAGAGAGGGGCUGCCUUGUGGUCCCCUCCUCCACUCCCAAGAUUCUAUUCAAGGUCCGGGGUGGGAGGUGGGAGGGGCAGCUGGCUGAGCAGCAGGGGAGGGUGGGCUCUCUGCAGCGCCCCCUACCUGCAGUUCCAGCCUGUACACACUUGACAUCAGCCCUUACAGGAGUUCUGACCUCCCCCACUUCUCAAGAUGCUUGCCUCAUUAUGCAUUACUGUCAUUCCCACUCUGGUCUUGAAAUUCCUAGUUUAAUUCGCCUUGAUGUUCUGCCUUAUAAACUGCACAGUGGUUUGUACUGUCGAAUAAAAACACCGUGUAUACUUCGCAUGUGUUGUGCAUUCCUGGGCUUCAUCCUCACUCAUACAGUGGCCUCACAUCACAGUGGCCCCCGGGCCCUACAUUUUCAGAUGCCUGCCUCGGGUCUUCCAAAGCCAGCCAGCACCACACAGGACAUGUUUACUUAUCCCACCACACAAAAGAGCAGAGGAGAGGGAGUGGCUGGCAGCAUGCAUGCCCUCUAGCCAGCCAGAGAGCUGAUAAGCUUUGCGUUCAGUGUCCCAUCCUGUGGCUUUUAGAUUUCUGUUACUUUCAUUGUUUGCUCAAAUGCCUUGCCCCGAUACACCACCAACAGCACACAUAGCAAACCACCACACGCUUCAUUAGCCAGACCAGGCUGAGCCUAAAUUGAAAUCUCUCAGACACAGCCUCACACUCACCUUUAUCGUUAGCCUUGAACAGCAGACCUCCCGGGAUGCUGGCAGGUGUGUGACGGUCACUACUUUGUACUUCCUGUCCGCUGUAAACUGUUUUUACUCUUUAUACACACUUUUCAGACUGCCUUUCUUUUGUAAUUUCUGGAAGGUUUCUAAAUGAAUGACAAAGCUUUCCCCAUUGUGUCUUCAAAAAUGAUAUUGUACAUUGUAAUAUAAUUGUAUGUGGUAGAUGGAUUAAAAGGCUGUUCCUCGGUGUGUGAAGUGCUGUGUGGAUGUGUGCAUGUGUACAGUUAGGGUGACAUAUUUUCUAGAAAUAAACUUUGUUAUUUUGUACAA